UUUCCUCUUCAUUCCCUAUAUAAACCCCCUACCAUCGUCUCAAAACCCCAACCAUAACACUUUUCCUUCUCAAUUCUAAACACCAACAAAGCUUUUGUAUCUCAGAAAUGGAGAUGGCCUACAUCCUUAUCUACACUGUCCUCCUCGUAGCCAUUCUCUCCUAUUUAUUCAGAAUGAAGCACAAGAGAAAAACUCAUCAGAUGAAGCUAAAGCUCCCUCCUGGCUCAAUGGGAUGGCCCUACGUAGGAGAAACCCCUCAGCUCUAUUCGCAAGACCCUAGUCUCUUCUUCGCAACAAAAGAGAAAAGGUAUGGAGAGAUCUUCAAGACCCACAUUUUGGGCUGCCCUUGUGUGAUGCUGGCAAGCCCGGAAGCAGCGCGAUUCGUGUUGGUCACCCAAGCUCAUCUUUUUAAGCCCACGUACCCUCGCAGCAAGGAGAAGAUGAUCGGGCCAUCAGCGCUGUUCUUCCACCAAGGAGAGUAUCAUACACGAGUAAGAAAGAUGGUUCUGGCUUCAUUCACACCUGAAGCGAUCAAAAGUCUUGUUCCUGAUAUCGAAAAGAUUGUUUUGUCCAUGCUAAGUGCUUGGGAUGGGCAUCUCAUUACCACUUUCCAUGCAAUGAAACAGUUAACCUUUGAUGUUGGUGUCCUCACAAUCUUCGGCAGUCGGAUUGAGGAACGCUACAAGAAAGAGCUAAAGAAGAAUUACUUCGUAGUGGACAAGGGUUAUAAUUCUUUCCCGACUAUUUUUCCCGGAACUUUGUAUAAAAAGGCCAUCACUGCACGAAAGGAGCUAAGUAGGAUAUUUCACGAGAUAAUUAACGAGAGGAGGAAGGAGGGAGAAACUAGAAAGGAUUUGCUAGGCUACUUCAUGGACACAAAAAACGAGCAAGGAACACAACUUCUGACUGAUGACCAGAUAUCCGAUAACAUUAUCGGCAUUCUUUUUGCUGCGCAGGACACAACGGCGAGUGUUCUUACAUGGAUCAUCAAGUAUCUCUACGAUAACCAAAAACUUUUAGAAGCUGUGAAGGAAGAGCAAAUGGCCAUAUACGAGUCAAACGGAUGUGGGAGCCAACCCUUGACAUGGGGUCAAACACGAAGCAUGGCCCUCACUCACAGGGUUAUACUAGAAAGUUUGAGGAUGGCAAGUAUCAUUUCUUUCACAUUCAGAGAGGCAGUGGCUGAUGUUGAAUACAAAGGCUACCUUAUCCCAAAGGGGUGGAAGGUAAUGCCUCUAUUCAGGAACAUACAUCACAAUCCGGAAUUCUUCUCAGAUCCACAAAAAUUUGACCCCUCUAGAUUCUUGGCAUCACCCAAGCCAAAUACAUUCUUGCCCUUUGGAAAUGGAACCCAUGCCUGUCCUGGCAAUGAGCUUGCCAAGCUUGAAAUGUUCAUAUUCAUUCACCACUUAGUUACGAAAUACAGAUUGGAGGUCUUCGGGUCUCACAAUGAAGUAGAGUAUAGCCCAUUUCCAGUACCAACGCGUGGACUACCAGCUAUUUUUCGAAGUGAAUCAAACUGCAACAAUGAUGAUAACCUCAGACGUUGAACCUAAAUUGAUAAAAUUAGAGACUGAUGUUCGUUAUUGGCUAGUUUCAUUUAUCCUUCUAUUGGAUUGUUCAAUCAAAGGGGAUGAAUCUAGUUUUCAUCGUAUUAUUUGAGUCC